GCCGAAGAUCCCCGACAUUGAAACAAUACUUUUGGCCAACCAUUCAGUACAUUGGGUUAGGGGUAUUGACCCCAACUUCGCUGCGGCUGUUUAAGAGGGCAAACAACCUCCCUGCAGUAAUGUUUCGGAAACUUCAAGUACAUAAGGGCCGGGAAUAUCCCACCCCAUUUUUGCCUACGAACGGUAUCAGACAGUCUACAACACGUUUCCCCGCAUCCGGCAGCCAAUCUUUUGACGCGAAACCAUGCCGGCAGCUUCGGCCAUCUAUCCUAGCCUGAACGGCAAGACUGUGCUCAUCACCGGCGGUGCGGAGGGUAUCGGAGCCGCCGCGGUCGAGCGCUUCGCUCUUCAAGGCUGCCAAGUCAUCUUCCUCGACAUCGCCAGGGCCUUGGCGCAGAGAACCAUCCAACAUGUCAUGUCACUUGCCAGCGAGACCGGUGCCAACCCCAACACCAUCAAAGCACCCGUGUUCUACUUUUGCGACCUUUCCAACUUGAGCGAGGUUCAAGCCACAACCAGCGAGAUCCUCGAAAAGUACGGAACAGUCCAUGUCCUGGUCAACAACGCGGCACUCACGGGCCACAAGGCAAGACUCAGCACUGGAGAGGUCACCUCCGAGGCGUGGGACAUGAACAUAAACACCAGCCUGAGGCACGUCUUCUUCCUGACGCAGGCCGUCCUUCCCGGGAUGAAGCAGGCCGGCGGAGGCAGCAUCGUGAACCUGGGCUCUAUCACGUGGCGCAUUCCUGACCCAGCCACGCCAGUCUACGGCGCCUGCAAGGCCGCGGUCAUGGGCCUCACCCGCGCCCAGAGCAAAGAGGUCGGCCCGUUCAACAUCCGCAUCAACAGCGUCAUGCCGGGCGCCAUCGCCACCCAGAGGCAGAGGGAGGAGGUCUUGACACCAGAGUAUCGCGCCGAGGUGAUGCGGUCGCAGAGUCUGCAACGUGAUUUGGUGCCGGAAGACGUGGCAAAGGUGAUUGUUUUUCUGGCUAGUGACGAAGCAAGCGGUAUAACAGGUAGUAGUUAUGUUGUUGAUGGAGGUUGGUGUAGCGACCCUUGAGAUUCCUCAAGGUAUACUCUCGACUCGCGGUCCCGUGACGCAGAUAUACAUACACAACCAUCUUACUAGAGGCGUCUUCCUGACAAAGGGUGAAAUGACAACUGCAAUACAAUGCCAGGUAAGGG